AUGUGCACCCAGACCAAAGCGGCGGCUCUCAUGGCCAACAUCCCCCGGGCGGAGAUAGACCCGACUGGGGUGUUCAAGUACGUGCUGAUCCGGGUCCACAGCCGCGAGGAGGGCGACGACUCCGAGAUAGACAUCGUGAGAGGCUUCGGCUGGGCAGAGUACCACGCGGACAUCUAUGACAAGGUGGCGGAGAAGCUGGAGGAGGGCGGUUUCCUGGACUGUGAGUGCGUCGGUGGAGGACGCAUCCGCCACCAACCAGAGGCCAAGAAGAUCCACGUCUACGGGUAUUCGAUGGGAUACGGUCAAGCAAACCACGCGGUCGCCACGGAGAAGCUGAAGGAGCGCUAUCCGGACUACGAGAUCACAUGGUGCAUUGUGGGUAAUCCUAAAGUCCAGGCCUUAUCUGCAGAGUCCUCCGUGUGGAGCGGAGCAAAGAUGAGGAGUCUCUUUGUUCUGCUGUUUACUCUCUGGGUGUGUGCAGCAGAGACUCAGAGUUGUGUGACUCCAGAGAAGAAGUGCAACUUUAUCUGCGACUGUCCCGACUGCGAGGAUGAGCUGGACUGUGGUUUCGCGGGGCAGACGUUUGGAUGUGACUUUGAGCAGGGAGCAUGCGGUUGGACGGACGGGUCCUUGAACGCAUCGUACACCUGGGAGAGACGACAGCGGGGCGAUGCCUUCACGGACACUGGGCCUUCCUCUGACUUCAGCGUGGGAACAGCCGACGGCUGGUUCAUGGCUGUGACUGCGGUGAGCACAGGGGGGGUCAGUCGGGCGGUGCUGGUGUCUCCAGAACUGAAACCGUCUGCUCCGACCUGCCGGGUCAGCCUCCGGUACUUCCUCUGGGAUUCAGGUCUGACAGGUCUUGGCCUCGCCCCUCUCUGGGCAUCGGUUCGUUACCCCGGCGAGGAGGAGGAAGCGUUGCUGUGGCGACCGGAGCCCAGCAGCGUCCGCGGAUGGAGGGAGGCAACCGUGUUUGUGGGGCGCACCAACUCCAGCUUCAGACUCGUGUUUCAGUCCGAGAGACAGGACGGAGGCAGCGCAGACGUGGCUCUGGACCAUCUGCAAUUCCAAAACUGCGCACUGCCGAGUCCGUCCCAGACACCAUGUGGUGAUGGGAGUUUCUCCUGUAGCGAUGGGUCGUGUGUGGAGCAGAGGUUUGUGUGUGACGGGACCAGUGACUGUGGGGACUCCAGCGAUGAGAACGACUGUGACGAUUUCCACAGCUGUGACUUUAACGACAAGGACCUGUGUGACAUGUGGGAUCUCAGGUCUGUGUCUCCUCUCAAAUGGAUCCGGACCAACCAGAGGAACCUGUCCAGCUCAGACCCCCGGGUCGGACCGGGACGAGACCACUCCAACAACUCUGCAUCAGGUCACUUCCUGUACGUGACCGUCCCGGAGUCAGGACUGACCACAGACUGGGCCGUUUUCCAAACCAAACUCCUGGAUCCAACAAACAGCUCCCACCCCUGCAAAAUGGUUCUCUACUCGCACCAGUUUGGCCCUCGCUCCGGGGGCCUCACGGUGCUGGUGGCCGGUCACAGCAUCUCCCCCGUGUGGGAGAGGGGAGGGGCUCUGGGAGACCUGUGGGUGAGAGACGAGGUCCAGGUCGUCGCCAACUCCACCUACCAGAUCCUCAUCAUGGCCGCAAUACGAGACCUAGAGUACGGAGGCAUCGGCGUGGACAGCAUCAUGUUGUCUCCAGAAUGCAGACUGUCAAAAGGAAACUGGACGCGGCCGAUAUUCCCCGAAUCUCCCCCGAACCCCUGCGCCUCUCCGGAGAGAAUGUGCGACUUCCAGACGGACUGUAGCGGCGCCGAGGACGAGAAUAUGUGUGGUGACUUCCAGUACCCAGACGGACACAAGGGCUGGACUGACUCCAGUGUUGGAGGUCAGGGCUGGACGAGGCAUCAAGACGCCACAUCUAAAGAGGUGCACCUGUACGUGGCGGCAGCAGCAGGACGCCUCCAGACCCCGGCUCAGAUGAAGACCCCUCUGCUGGGACCCUCUGGACCCGCCUGCAGCCUCAGCUUUGACUACGCACUCACCGGCCCCUCCCCUCAUAUCGGAUCUGUGUCACUGCAUGUGAUGGACAGUGAGCUCGGUCCGCUGCCAAAACUCUGGGAAUUUUCCGGAAAAACAGGAACCGAUCCGGAAAUCUGGAACCGCACCGAGGUCCACAUUGGGCAGAGGGCGUCACGCUUCCAGCUGGUGUUUGAAGGAGAAGCGGCUGACACACGAGCUUCGGCUGAGAUCAAAGUCACGAACAUUUCAUUCCACGGCUGUUCUCGAAACUACUUCCCCUUCUCUCCAACUGGAGCGUCCUGUAACUUUGAGGAGGGUCUGUGUGACUGGUUCCAGGACAACAGCGAUAACUUCGACUGGACGCUGCUGCACGGAGAGGACCACACCGUUGGAACUGGCAGGAGUGUGGUGGUGGACUUUUGGAGCCAGUCUCACCGCGGUGCAUCAGGGCGAUUGGUGUCGUACAAACAGCCUCCAACUUCUUCCGGAAAGUCCCUCUGCUUCUUCUACAAACUCUACGGCCCAAAUACAGGUGCUCUGAAUGUGAAGCUGGAGGAUCUGUUCGGUUACGAGCUCACUCUGUGGUCUCACACCGGAGCUCAUGGAAACAUGUGGCACGAGGCUCAAUGCCCGGUACCCCCCCAGCACACCCCCUACAGGCUGGUUUUGGAGGCCGUUCGUUCGGGGUUCGAUGGUCGCGUGGCGGUUGAUGACGUGGUGCUGCGUGACGGUCCGUGCUCGUCGCUGCAGAGGAUGUGCUCCUUCGAGGGGUCGCAGUGUGACUUCAGCAGCUCCGGAGCCGUGCACUGGAGCCUCACCUCCGGACACAGGUCCCCCGUGGGCCCCAAGAGAGACCACACCCUGGACACAGAGACGGGUCACUACAUGCUGCUGAACACCAGCUCAGACCUGCUCCCAGAGGGGGCCUCCUCCUCCUUCACCUCCCCCCUCAUCCUCGGGACGUCCCACAGAAAGUGUCUACAUUUCUGGUACCACAUGGAUGGAGUCAGUCCUGGCUCUCUCACCGCGUACAUGAAGCCAGAGGGGGGCGAGCGAGUGCAGAUCUUCUCCAACAGUCUGCCUCAGGGGCAGGUGUGGCGCCAGGGCAGUGGAGACGUGUCCCCAGAUCUGAAGGACUGGCAGCUGGAGUUUGCGGUGGUUGGUGCUGGCGGUGAAAACUCUCACGUUGCCAUCGACGACGUCCAUCUUUCUGCCGAUCCCUGUGAACCUCAGAAUGUGAAGUGUACUCUGGAGAAGGGCCUUUGCAGCUGGAGCAACACCCAGGACCUGCACAAGGACCAGCUGGACUGGGAGCUGAGCAGCAGAGAGGCAGAGACCCACUACUCUGUCCCUGAGACCGACCACACGCUGGGGCACGACAAAGGUCACUUCCUGUUUCUACCCAGCAGCAACCGGACCGCAGCCAAUCAGACGGCGUGGUUGUUGAGUCCGCAUCUCCCUCCCACCAAAGGCACCUGUCUGAAACUUUGGGCCAAUAUGCCUUUUUCUGACCUGAGUGAGCUGAGGGUGUUGCUUCACUCUGAAGGGAAACAGACACAGAUCCUCAGCACCAGUCAAACCGAGGGAACCUGGAAGUACUUCAAUGUCACUAUCACCUCCACCGACCAAUACCAGAUUGUACUGGAGGGAAUCAAAGGCAGCUCCGGGUUCUUGGCUCUGGAUGACAUUGAGUUCACUGUAGGAGUGGACUGCACAGGGAGAGACACCGACACCGGCAACAAGGGGGGGCUGCAGGACGUGGGGGGGAUUGUGGCUGCAGUACUGGUGGUUCUCCUGCUGGUGGCGACUCUCACGGCUCUCUUCAUCUUCUAUCUGAGGUCCAAACACAGUCGGAGCUCAAUGUCUGCGGUGGGAUUCUCCAAUCAGAGCUACAACGAUGACCUCACCGAGGAUUACGUAAGUCUGCCACCUGCUGUAGACCACCAGAGGGCAGCAGACUUCACCCAUUUCUCAGUGUAG